AUCCCCGUCGCGACGUCGCCGAGCCGCUCCCUCAGGAUGCCGCGUGCCCCCGCCGGAGCGCGGGCCGUGCUGCUGAUCGCGCUGCUGUGCCGCCUGGCCGCCGCCGGCAACCCAGAACUACCAACGGCAGUUAAUAUAACUUGGUCUUCAAUCAAUUUUAAAACCAUACUGAAGUGGCAACCAAAACCAUCAGGUUACUUCUACACCGUAGAAAUACAUGGGCAGAUGUCUGAUACAAAAAAAAAGUGUGUAAUGACUACAGAAACAGAGUGUGAUGUUACUGAUGCACUCCGGAAUGUAAAGGAGACCUAUACAGCUCAUGUAUUAUCCGUAAAAUCCUUGGUGGAGGAUAACUUUGAAGAACCACUUUUUGCAAGCUCUGAAAAAUUCACACCUUAUAAUCAGACUAUUAUUGGAAAACCGGAGAUCCAACACCACACACAAAAAGAUUCCAAACUGACUGUUGUGUUUCGAGAUCCACUUACACCAUAUAUGUUUCCUAAUGGAAGCUUUCAAAGUGUUCGAGAUAUUUUCAAACAUGACCUGGAAUACAAACUCUAUUACUGGAAAGAUCAAAGUUCUGGAAAGAAAGAUGCAACAACAAAAAGCCAUACAUUUGAUAUAAGCGUUGACAACAAAAAUAACUAUUGCUUCUACGUGCAGGGAACCAUUCCCUCUCGCAGAGAAAAUCGUAAUGGUCAAGAAAGCACGGUGCUUUGUACCACUGUAGGAAGAACUAUUUUAGAUGAAUACGGAGCAGAAGUCUUUAUCAUCAUAGCAGUGGUAGCAAUCGCAGUCAUCACUCUCACCAUUAUCCUAGCAGUGAUCCUGUGUAAAUGCAAGAGAGCAAAAAAUGCAAGAGAAAAAGAACCACUUAAUGGUGUCUAAGGAAAAACUGUUGAGGAUACUCGGAAGAUACAAAGGCAGAAAAAAGGAUGAAGCCUCUAGCCUCUCUGGUACAGGAAGUUCGAAGCUAAUGGAUCUUUGAGUCCACCACAAGUUUUAGACAGUCACAGAUUUAAAAAAAAAAAAAAGCCACAGAUACCAGGAAGCCCCCGUCUGCAGUGUCUGGAGACUGGAAGAAUAUUUUGGUGACCUAUUACAACACGAUUACCCUCCUCAUACAUUCUUCUCAGCUAGAAUCAAAUGAGUCUUUGAUUUGACCAGGCACUCUGAAAGUAUAAGCUUUACUGAGCCAGCAGGCUUACAGUACUUGUGAGGGGAAAAAAAACACUACUUUUGAAAAAUACGUCCUUUACUAAUGAAAAGGACUGUUUUUCUGUUUCUAUGAAACAAAACCUCUACUUAUCUGACUUUCUUAUGACAUUAUUAACUGGUGAAAUGACCUGUUAGUUCAGAUGGUACGAAGAUGCUACUGCUAUUUCUGCACUUUUUGGAUAAAACUGUCUUGGUCUGUUUAUCUUUGGAUAUAUCCAACCAGUGAUAAACAAAGUAGUGUAUUGGUGACUCCUAAUUUAUGCUCUUGCAGUAGAUAGUUGCUAACCAUACGGAAGACGUCUGGAUUACACUACACCUACAGUUCCACAGACAGGGUAGCCUGUUGGCUCCAAGUCAGUGUUAGGAUAAAUACUUCAGAGUUUGUGGGAGUAGUAACUCACUUCAGGCAAACAGUGAGUAAGUAGCAGUAGUUACUGCAUUUCAAACUUUAUUUGAAAUUAAAUAGUAAAUCAGUUGUUUAUGUAUUGUACAUUCAAAUCAUCUUGGUGAUGGGAUUCAGAGGUACCUUUUGCUAUGACUGUUUUAAUAUUUAUUUUAUGGAUGACAAUCUAAUUUUUAUACUGGUGAUACCUGUAUUUAUAGUAAUUUAUACUUUUCUAGUGAAAUAAAGGUGACUGGGAAAAUAA